GACGAAAAAUGGAAAAAGGAGGAACUUUCCUUUCAUCCACUAUGAAAGAAACAUCCACGAAUCUUACUUAGCAUUUGCUUAUUUCCACUUCUCUUCCAACACACAACCUGUAUAUGUAUAUAUAUGGGACUUCUGGUUCCAAGUCUCCAUAAUUAACUUUGGUGCUUUAAGUUUGGCUGGUUAUUUGUUUUCUGACGUUCAAAGCUUGAAAAGAGAGAAGAGAAAAUGGCAGGGAAGGUGAUCAUUUGUUCAAACCAGAGCGACUGGGAUAUCCAUACCAGAUCCGGCAAGGCAAUGGCCUUCUUCACAGCUCCAUGGAGCGGGCAAGCCCACAAGCUAUCCCCAACCGUGAGGGAUCUGGCAAUGGAGUACCCAAGUAUCAAAGUACUUCAGCUGGACAUGCGACACUUCGAGUCGCUAGCUAGAACAAGGGAAGUGGUAGCGCCUCCAGCCUUCUUGUUCAUACAGAAUGGGAACCAGAUAAAGAAGCUCGACACUGCAAAGCCCGAACAGCUUUAUGAUAUGAUGGAACAAUUGCAGAUGGCUACAUAAAUCUCAUCAUAUCAUCUAUUUAUUGGGGCUUUGUGUUUACUAUGAUUAUCUAUUUAUCAUCUAGUGUGUUUUCCUUGUGUGAAAGGCAACAGGUUUCAAUAAUGUGUUUGUUUGAGUGCGAACAGCAAAAUUCAUAGUUAUAUGUUGUUGAUGGCCUUAUUUAUGCCAUCAUAUCUUUAA